GAAUGAGUUUAAUCUGAGGGAGUCCCAUGAGAACCAGAGGAGGUUCUGCUGCUGCUGGUUGGACCUGAAGGAUCUCAGCUGAUGUCUAACCACUGGAAGAUCAGUUUAGCUUUGUCUUUCUGAACUUUGUCUCCUGUCUUCUGCAGAGUGGAUUACAUUAAAGAGCUGAGUCAGCAGCAUUGUGAGGCCUCUCUGGGGAGCCAUGGUCCCUUCUCUGCACUGGAUCCUCCUGCUGUGGGGUCUUCAGGGUCUGUGGGCACAGGACUAUGAAGAUGAAUAUGAAGAGGAAGUGGUGACCAGCAAGAAGAAAAGCAAACUGUUUUCAUCCGACUUGGUACCACAGAACGCUCUGGUUGACGAGGACUGCGGUUUGGAGCUGGCCUUCCUGAUCGACAGCUCAGAAAGCGCCAAAGACAACCACGAACAGGAGAAACGUUUCGCCUCAGACGUGAUGGACCGGCUGCAGAACCUCCGGCUGCUGACCGGUAAAGGCCUGAGCUCCCGCGCUGCCCUCCUGCAGUACAGCAGUCACGUCAUCAUAGAGCAGACCUUCAAACAGUGGAGGGGCAUCGACAACUUCAAGUCAAGAAUCGCUCCCAUCGUGUACAUAGGACACGGCACCUACACCACCUACGCCAUCACCAACCUGACCCGCAUUUACCUGGAGGAGUCGGACACCAGCAGCAUCAAGGUGGCCAUCCUGCUCUUCGAUGGCGUCUCGCACCCAAGGAACCCYGACAUAUUUUUAGCCUCGGCUGAUGCGAAGAACCAGGGUGUACGGUUCUUCACCAUAGGAAUCACCCGUGAAGCCAACGAGCCUGCCAAUAUCGACCAACUGCGUCAGAUCGCCAGUUCCCCAGCUUCCCGCUUUCUGCACAACCUGCAAGAUGUUGGAGUCGUGGAUAAAGUCGUUCAGGAGAUUACAGCGCUGGCAAAUGAAGGGUGUCCUCUGGCCCAGAGRAAGUGUGUGUGUGACAAAGGUGAAAGGGGACCCAGUGGACCUGCAGGCAAGAAGGGUCGUCCUGGAGAGGACGGACGUCCCGGUCUCAAAGGACAGAAGGGUGAAAGUGGUCUUGGUGGACUUCCGGGUCGAGAAGGAGCAGAGGGAAAACCAGGCUACAAAGGAGAGAAGGGGGAGAGYGGCGAGUGUGGCACACCUGGGAUUAAAGGAGACAGAGGUCCUGAAGGUACAAUUGGCCCAAGAGGAAACCGUGGACUUCAGGGUUUACCUGGAUUACCUGGUGAUAUSGGACCUGAAGGCCUGAUGGGUAAAAAAGGGGAGAGGGGACUUCCUGGGCCACCUGGAAUCCAAGGGGAAACUGGAAUCGGCCUUCCUGGACCCAAGGGGGAUGUCGGUUUCCAAGGACAACCAGGGCCUCCCGGWCCUCACGGAACCGGUGAGCCUGGACCACCGGGACCUCAGGGACCACAGGGAGUCCAAGGUGAGAGAGGACCAACAGGAGAGGGUCUCCCUGGACCAAAGGGCGAGCGAGGCUUCGAGGGGCCGCGGGGGCACCGAGGACAGCCGGGCGCUGGAAUUAAAGGAGAAAAGGGSGAUUUUGGCCCUCCAGGUUUUCCAGGGGUCAUCGGCCUCCCUGGAAUCGGCAUUCAAGGAGAAAAGGGUGUAGAGGGUCCAAGAGGUCCACCUGGGAGCAGAGGUCCACCAGGAGAUGGCUUUCCUGGACCAAAGGGAGACCAGGGGCUGCCCGGCGAGGUCGGCGCCACGGGCGAGCGUGGCGCAGGCGAGCRGGGACCCAAGGGUGAGCCGGGGUCGACCGGAAUGGGAGGCUUGCCGGGGUUACCGGGUGAGGACGGCGCCCCAGGACAGAAGGGCGAGCCAGGAGCUGUUGGACUCAGGGGGGCGGAGGGGGCGCCUGGGGUUGGCACUCAAGGUGAAAAGGGAGACCAGGGCCAAAGGGGAAUACGAGGUUUAACGGGUCCACCUGGUAUCGCUGGACCCUCAGGACCAAAGGGAGAACCAGGAGCACAAGGACGGUCCGGUUCUCCUGGURCACCAGGACGCUUCAUCAAUGGACCCAAGGGGGAUCCUGGUCCAAGUGGUCCUCCUGGCCCAAUUGGGGAGACUGGCUAUGGACUUCCUGGUCCAAAGGGUGAUCGAGGAGAUCCAGGUCCUGCAGGUCCAUAUGGUCCCAAAGGAGACGGCUAUCCCGGACCCACGGGCCCUCCUGGUCUGCCUGGACUUCCAGGAGAACCUGGUACAGAGGGAGUGGGUCUCCCAGGACCAAAGGGGGAUGUUGGAUUCCGAGGGUUGCCCGGUCCACCUGGACCUCCAGGUGAAGGUCUCCAAGGACCACUGGGAAACCCCGGAAGACCAGGCCCACCGGGACCAACAGGGCCACAGGGACAAGGAGUUCAAGGACCAAAGGGUGAACAGGGGUCCCAGGGUGUGUUAGGACCCAGGGGGUUACCUGGAGAGGGCUUCCCUGGACCUAAAGGUGAUCGAGGCUCAUCGGGGGAGAGGGGGCUCAAAGGGAUCAAAGGAGACAUGGGGGACCCUGGAACUCCAGGACAACAAGGCCGAGCAGGCGUGAAGGGGGAAGCAGGCCUCACCAGAGAGGACAUCAUCCGAAUGAUCAAAGAAAUCUGCGGAUGUGGGGUCAAGUGCAAGGAGAGGCCCAUGGAGCUGGUGUUUGUCAUCGACAGCUCAGAGAGCGUCGGCCCAGAGAACUUCGAAAUCAUCAAGGACUUUGUGACCGCGCUGGUGGACCGGGUCACGGUGGGCCGCAACGCCACCAGGAUCGGUUUGAUUCUGUACAGCCUGGAGGUGAAGCUGGUGUUCAACCUGGCCCGCUAUGUCUCCAAAGAGGACAUCAAGCUGGCCGUCAGGAACAUCCCGUACAUUGGCGAGGGGACGUACACCGGUACUGCCAUUCGCAAAGCCACACAGGAGGCCUUCUACAGCUCGCGSCUGGGGGUCAGCAAGGUGGCCAUCGUCAUCACCGACGGGCAGACAGACAAACGGGAGCCUGUCAAGCUGGAUCUGGCGGUGCGAGAAGCACACGCCGCCAACAUUGAGAUGUUCGCCCUGGGGAUCGUGAACACCUCGGACCCGACGCAGGCAGACUUCCUGAGGGAGCUGAAUCUGAUCGCCUCCGACCCAGACAGCGAGCACAUGUUCCUCAUUGACGACUUCAACACUCUCCCAGCUCUUGAAUCGAAGCUGGUCAGUCAGUUCUGUGAGGAUGAGAACGGAGCCUUGAUCUACAACAGAAUCACUAACGGCUACAACGGAAACAACGGCUACGGAGGCAAUAGGAUCAGCAGCGGGAACUACGCCACAGGUGGUUACGGGUACAGGCCUGUGACUCAGCAGGAAAUACUGGACGGCCAACAGACUGGCUCCACAGUUGGUACCAGCACUCAGAACCAAUGGGGCCAAGCAGAGACCACAUUGGACCACAGUAAAGGAUCCAGCACUGGACAUCAGGGAGGAGAAGGACAACAAGCAAACACAGGGACUACCAGCUCAGGAACUGAGCGUGGGGACACAUUUAACCGCGACACCUCUCCCACCAAAAAGGACUCCUCCAGCAGCAAAAGCUCCUCUUCAUCAUCCUCAUCAUCCACAUCGUCCUCUACAACAUCAACCUCAGGUGGAUCCAUUCACAACAUACCUGGACCAAGACCCCCUCUUCCUAAAGAGACCAUACCCUUGGACCCUCGCUGUGGCUUGGUUCUGGACCAGGGCACGUGUCGAGAAUACAACAUCCGCUGGUACUACGACAAGCAGGCCAACGCCUGCGCCCAGUUCUGGUACGGAGGCUGCGGCGGCAACAAGAACCGUUUCGACACAGAGGAGGAGUGCCGGACGACGUGUGUGAUCCCCAGAGCCACGGCAGGCUGAGUGAAGGCAUCUGCUGUACAAAGUUCCAGYAGGAGCAGCUAAAACCAGGAGCCGAUAUGAAAAGUUUGUUUACGAUCCUCAGGAUAAAGCAUGUCUUCAUGUCCCCUCCUCUGGGACUUCUUCCAAAACAAGACUUUUCUAUUUAAGCUGGAGAACAAUUCUUCUCAGGAACACAGAUGAGCCGAUGCUUCAGCUUUUUUUUAUCUUCAGUUUCUGAUAACUGAGAAGACAAGAUGGACGACACGUGAAACAGCUGUAAUAAAUGACAUCAGUGAAUCAAUAUGGCAUCAGCAGCCAUAAAUUUUCUCUACAAUAACACAACAGAGACAAAGUUUCAUGACCAAUAUUAAUAAAAUGGUUUUGUUUUUUAUUCAGUA